UCAUAGUCGCCUCCUCCGAAAUAAAGCUUGAUUUUAUUUUUCUCCCAGACUCCGUUUGCAAGCGGAAGUCUGGGAGAACAAGGCGUCUCGUUUUUCUCGGUUUUGUUUCUUAAGUCGAUUUGUGUUAAAGAUUUUAUAUAUGAGUUCUUUAUCAGUAGUUUUAUGAUCUUUAAAGAUUUAAAAAUUAGAUGCUAUAAUGGUAAAUCCAGCUGGAUAUGAUGCUAAAGUUCAGCAAUUGUUGGAAGAGUGCAAAAUUUCCACAAAAUUAGUGAAUUACAUUGAAAAUUUUAAUUACCCCUAUGUUAAUGAUGUGCAAUUAUUUUAUGAACAAUUAUUGAAAAUUGGGCAAGGAACGUUCGGGGAAGUUUUCAAGGCAAGAUGUAAAAGAACUGGACAAUUUGUUGCUCUGAAAAAAAUUUUAAUGGAAAAUGAAAAGGAAGGGUUUCCAAUUACUGCAUUACGUGAAAUAAAAAUGCUUAAGCUUCUUCGACAUCCGAAUAUAACUGAAUUAAUCGAUGUCUGCACUUGCAAGCAAAAGAAUGCAAGAGAACGUUUUUCAUUUUAUUUGGUUUUUACUUUUUGUGAACAUGAUUUAGCUGGACUACUUAGUAAUCAAAAAAUAAAAUUCAGUUUAGUUGAAAUUAAAACAAUGGCUAAGCACAUUCUCGAAGGCUUGAACAAAAUUCACAAAAGCAAUAUUUUACAUAGAGAUAUGAAAUCAGCAAAUGUAUUAAUAACUGCAGGAGGAGUUCUUAAACUAGCAGAUUUUGGGUUAGCUCGAUUGAUGAUUAAACAACAAGAUUACCGAUAUACAAAUCGCGUCGUCACACUUUGGUAUAGACCGCCUGAAUUGUUACUUGGUUCUAGUAGUUAUGGACCUUCAAUUGAUAUUUGGGGAGCUGGAUGUAUAAUUUCUGAACUUUGGACUAGGUCUCCAAUUUUACAGGGGAAUACUGAACAAGAACAAUUAAUUAGGAUUGCUAAAUUGUGUGGAUCAAUAAAUUGUCAGACAUGGGAAGGAUGUGAAGCUUUACCUUUAUAUUCAAAAUUAAAAGCAAGUGGUUCUGAAAUGCAUUCUGCUUUGAAUAACGCCCUGCCACAAAACUAUCCACGUCGAGUUAGAGAGAAAUUGUUAAUGUUUCUUGAGCACAACGAGCAAGCGAUUUCUCUUAUUGAUCAAAUGUUAUCUCUUCCUCCAGAACGACGACCGACAGCUGAAGAAGCACUCGACCAUAAUUUCUUUUGGGAAGCUCCACUUUCUGCUGAAAAUAUUAAAGGCCUUGUUGACAAGCUUAAAGGGGUUUGGUUUAAUAUUUUGAAUUUAUUUUUGCAUUUGUUUUUAGACGAAUUUGUUCGAAUAUACUUCUGGAUGUGGUGCUCAUGCAAACAGGAAAAGACCUAUAGCUCCUGCUGCUCCUACUCAUAA